GCAACAUCUCUCCCACCGCGUAACCCAUCGUCGGGUACCCAUACUCGCAAUGGAGAGCGAAUAUCACAAUCCUGCGAACGACUUCCACCUCCAGCAUAUAGGCAGUGAGGCCUUGGCCUUCAAGAAUACCCGUGUUCGUCGAUACCUAGCUCUGCUAGCACUGCACACCACCGCCAAACUAUUUAAAUGGGAUGGACCUUGUAGACCACUUUCGCGGCACAAAAUCCUCAAAACGGGAUUUUCGGUGCACUUGACAGAGGCCGUCACCAUGAACUAUGUCGCCCGGCAUACAUCCAUUCCCGUCCCCAAGGUCUACUGCUCCUUCCUCCACAAAAACAGAGCAUACAUUGUCAUGGAGCGGGUAAAAGGCGAGGAUUUGGCGCAUGCGUGGAGGAAGCUUUCCAAGGAGUCGCUGGAGAAGAUCUUUGCGCAGCUUAAGGAUAUGAUUCAAGAGCUGCGGACGCUGAAACCGCCGCAGGAUAUUGCCGUUGGGAGCUGUGCUGGUGGCUCCUUGUUCGAUUCACGGCUGCCGAAUGGGUCGCCACGCUUUGGGCCGUUCAAGACUUUCGAUGAGUUUCAUCGCUGGCUGAGGGAGGAUAUUGAUGUCACGAAGGUGGGCGGCCAUGUUACUGAUAGCGAAGUAGAGGAUCUUAAAGCUAUGGUUAAGAAGCAAGAUGUUCAGUGGCCGCCCCCGGUAUUCACGCACUGCGAUUUGAAUCCGUCUAAUAUCUUAGUUCGUGGGGAUAAAAUUGUAAGUAUUAUUGACUGGGAGUUUUCAGGAUGGUACCCCGUAUAUUGGGAAUAUACGUCUGCAUGGCGCGGAAAUAUACUCAGAGAGAAAUGGCAAGCAACCCUGUUCUCGCUGCUCGACCCCUAUCCCGAAGAGCUAGAAAUGGAAAAAACUCGCUGCAAGUGGUGGGGAGAGUGGUGAAACCUGAGCCUCAUUAUCAGAAGCUCGGAUCC